GCUUUCGUUGCUUAACUCGUACGCGCGUCGUUAGUCAAUGGACUUUUCGGUUACAAGAAUACAAAACAUAACAUACAAAUAAGAUAAAUAAACUCGAGUGUACGAUUUGUGUUACGUGCAAACCGUGAACACCAAUAAAACUGGGAUGCUUCGAAGAUAUUAUGUGAAAGUGACAGUCUUAUAAAAUCGAAUUCUUUUUUUUUUGUGAGAAUUACAAUGUUGUUUCGCAUAGUUUCAAGUACCGUCACAUAAAUAUUGUAAUGGGAACUCUGUGUACCCGUACGACUCGAAAGCACUAUGUUCGAAGUGGGAUGAUAAAUACGAGUUCGUGAUUAUCAGUUAGAAUGCAAGACGAGUGUUCGAAUACGAAGAGGAACUUCGAGCAGCGGAGGCCCACGAAAGUUCUGAAGAUAGCGGAGAGUUUCACAAACUUGGACGAGACAGCUAAGGCUGGUCGAUUUGUGCGUGGUCCCAAUUCGAAGGUCGGGAAGAGGUUCCUGGAAAAUGGGGGACGAAGUAGACGCGAGUGUUGUGAUGAUGGUUGUGCGGAGUCGAGUGUGAGUGAUGGUGAGAAACUUGGUGAUCGAAGAGUGACCGGGUCCUCGUGCACGGCUCUCAGGACAGCAGUGGCAGCCCUCUAUCCAUUCGACGAUUUCAUUUUAGAAAAAAUUGGCACUGGCUUCUUCUCAGAAGUAUUCAAAGUGACACACAAGACCUCCGGCAAGGUCAUGGUUCUAAAGAUGAACCAGCAGAGGGCGAAUCGUCCCAAUAUGCUCCGUGAAGUUCAGCUCAUGAACAAAUUAAAACACCCCUACAUCUUAGGAUUCAUGGGUGUGUGCGUGCAUGAAGGUCAACUUCACGCCCUCACGGAGUACAUGGAGGGCGGUUCUUUGGAGCAGCUAAUUGUCGGUAGGCCUCUACAGCCGCUGCCGCAGUCGUUAAGGAUAUCGUUGGCUACCGAUGUCGCCGAGGGCAUGAUGUACUUGCAUUCAUUAGGUGUCUUCCAUAGGGAUCUUACUACUAAGAAUGUAUUAUUAAGAAAGGUAGGAGACGGCGAAUAUACCGCCGUUGUUGCAGACUUCGGCUUAGCUGCCAGGAUACCUCAUCCGAUCAACGGUCAUCGUUUACCGAGCGUCGGAUCCCCGUGGUGGAUGUCACCGGAGUGUCUGAGGGGUCGGUGGUACGAUAAUCGCUCAGACAUAUUCUCGUAUGGGAUCAUUUUGUGCCAACUUAUAGCGAGGGUGGAUGCGGAUCCUGACGUUUUGCCGCGGACAGAUAACUUCGGCCUGAACUACAUGGCAUUCGUGGAGCUUUGUGACGAAGACACUGUACCAGAUUUCCUUCGGCUAGCUUUCAAUUGCUGCAUUUACGAGCCCAAAGCUCGGCCGCUAUUCCCGGAGAUAGUGAGCAAACUCGCCGAGGUGAAGGAGGGCCUCGACGACGCCGCGUGGGAGUGUCAUACGCCCAACAACUCCUACGACAGCGAGGAGGCGGACUCGUCCGGACCGCGCUCGUGCCCCGGCCUCUCCGCCUGGCGCCGCCCGCAGCGCAUGCGCUCCGAGGGCAGUCCGCACGCCCACGUGCACACCCACGCACGCGACCGCAGUGCCGCACACCGCCGCUCCUUGUCUGAACUGGAGUGGGCGUGGCGGGGCACGGGGCCCGCGGGUGGUGCGCCCCCGCACCGCUCUGCUGGCGCUCUGGCGGCGCCCCCGCCCGCACCGCCGCGUCUUCAACGCCUGCAGCGCCUCGCUCAUAUUAUGCUUUUGCGCGACACGCACGCAGCACCCACUCCCGCACGACGCGCGCUGCACACUUUUCGCGGCGUGCACAAGAUUCUCGAACCGGCGCCUUCGGCCGGAACGCCGGCGCGCUGCUCCAGCGGGGACCCGCCGCCGUCCCCGCCGCGUGCGCCGCCGGACGAGCCGCGCUGCUCGUCGCUGCCGCCGUCGCCGACGUUCGCGCGCCGGACGCCCUUCGACGACGCACCGCCGCCGAAGCUCGACUACCCGAAGAGCGACUCGAGCGUCGAGCUGCGCCGGCGCGCCUCCUGCGAGAGCGGCAUCUUCUCGGUCGCCAACGAGGACCUGUGCGCGCCGCCGAGUUUCGGAGCCGUGUGCCCGUGCUCGCUGAUGGGAUGCCACCGCUGCUGGUGGUGGCGACGCGACGUCGGCGACCGCUCCCUCGACGACGAGCCGGACGGCGACCGUGCGCGUCUCCGCGUUUGCUCCGACUGUCUGCACGUGUACGAGCGCCUGCUGCGCCGCCGUCCGGCGCCGCCCGACGACUCGGCGCUCUCGACCACGGUCAGCUCGCUGCGCAGCCUCGAUGACGAGGCGGAGGCGGAAGCGGCGUGCGAGGUGGGCGAGGUGGGAGACUGGUCGCCAUUCCUGUGCGAGGGCUCGGCGGAGGAGCGCGAGGCGCACGUGCUGGCGCGCUGCUGCUGCGCCGCCGGGCUGCGCGCGGGCUGCGGCGCGCGCGCGCUGCACGCGGACGAGCUGCGCCGCGUCCUGCCGCGCGCCCUCCAGGCCUUCCCCGCGCACCUGCUGGCUGCCUACAAACGCACGUCCAGCGUUUACACGGAUAGCUCCGAAGAUGUCGCCUCGCUCGGCUCGGACAGCCUCUACGACGACCGCAUCCCGAGGCACGUGCGCUCCGCCCAGAUCUCGAAGAUCGUCGAGUACUUCGAGAGGAAGGGGGCCGACUUCCGAUGCGACGCAUUCAAGGGCCAGCGCCUUAAAGUUUCGGGUGGGUUCGGUCCGCCGCUCCUCGGCAAGGAGUACUUCGUGGACGUGAAGCACCGCGGCGGAGUGGCGGGCGGCGCCCGGGCGGCCCAGCGGCUGAUGAUCUGCGAGGGCGCGGUCCGCUCCAAGCUGCCGCUGUUCGACAAGAAGUCGUAACGGCGCGAGCGCGAGCUCGAGCGGCGCAGCUCCAUGUACCGCUGACCGCACUCGCGCACUCUCGGCUUCGCUAGCGUCGUUUACGACCGACUACUGUUUUUAUUCAGAUUUAUAGAGAUCGUGAGAGCUAUAUCGUAUUGAACGACGGGGUCCGCGUCUCGCGACUCCCGGCGGCGCGAGGCCGAAGAGAAUCGUCGCCGUCGCUUCGGGUCCGGGACGGCUCUCGUGCGUUCGUUUGACUGAGUAAAGUAAGCGUUUCGUUCGUUGUAAUAAUGAGAUUAGAGAGAAGAAUGUAGACGUUAUAUUAAAUGGCGAUAAGGGGUUCGGCGUAUCGAAUGAUAGGAUAAUCGUGGCCUAUCAUUUUUGAGGCCUUUAUAGUAGAUUUUUAGCCAAAAUAUUACCCGAGAUCGGUUAGGUGUAACGGAAAAUGUACUUUUUCAUACUUAAUAAUGGUGUAAUGGAUGCCUGUAAAUAGUUACAUUUAGGUUAAUUCUGUUAACAUAUUUAUAAUUUAUAUACAGUAUUAUAUUAUUACUUGCCAGUUUUUUAUAAGUUUGUAAAUAUUAUUCAAAGUAAAUGUAGGUGAAGAACGUCAUAAUAAUUUCGUACUAUCGUGAGUGGCAACGUUUUGAAUACUGAUUUAUGUUAUAACGUCUUAUUUUGAAAUAACUUUAUUAUCUAGAGAGUUCAUGUGCAUAAAGAGUUCGUGCAUUGAUAUUCAAAUUAAUACCCAAAUAUAUUGAAUGCGUAUAAUACCGCAUGUGUACUAUUUCGGGCUAAAUUCGUCCUAAAAUUAAAUUAUAAAAUAUAAUAUAAAUUGACACGUUACUAGUCUUUUAAACGUGUCGCAAUCCGUCGAUUUACUUGUGAUUUAAUAUAUGAAAAAAAUAUCGCGAUAUAAUAUAUAUUUAUUUCAGCUUAAUAUAUUAAAAUAUUUCAAAAAAUAUAAACGGUUUUUGUUUGGAUAAACUAUAUGUGUCACUUCCGGCUAGAAGGACCAAAUUAUGCUUCGUCAAUUUGAAUAUUUCGGUUAUUAAAAUUAAUUGGUACUAAAUAAAAAAAAACACAAUUGUGUUUGUACAGAGAUCUACUUAAUUAUGGUAAAUUUACCUUUACAUUUAUACUUUGGUGGUUGUUUUUGUAUUUUAAAAAAAAUCAUCUUGACAUAAAUAAAAACGAUUGAAAAAUUAAUAAAAUUUAAAUAACAAUGUACAUCAGUUGACAAUAAGUGCUGAUUUCUAUCUCUUUCUUAUGCGUGAGGUUGAAAAGGAUAACAAGUCAUGUCAAUUUCAUCUAGAUUAGAUAUUUUUUACUACAGAUUAUCAGUAGCAUUAUUAAUGUCACCCAUAAUACGACUUCUGUACAGUACAAAUUCAUUAAUAAUCUUACAUAUAUUGUCUUCACUUUAAACAUCAUCGCAUGCUAUGUAAACAAUGAAUUAAUUUUGUUAAGUCCGAUUCAGGCUACAAUAAAACUGUGUACAAAUAUGUGUCAAAUCGAUUUCAAACUAAAAUAGAUAAAAAUCGAUUAACUUGUUGAAAUCGAUUACUUUGAUAAGUUUACGAUAACAAUUUAAAAAAAAAAUCGUAAAAUUUUACGUCUUCAUGAAUUGAUUUCUUUAAUUUAAUUUAAUGUCGUAAACUUUUAUCGAGAUAGUCCAGACGAUCGAUUCGAAAUACAUAUAUUUUUGUAAAUAAAAUUAUUAUUGAUAUAUUCAUCGUGACUAACUAAAAUCUAAUCGUGUUUACAUCAGGGUAUUUGUAUCAAUUUGUAAAUAAAAAUCAUAAAAUAUAGAGUAUAUGUUAUCUCUAAAUUAAUGUUUCCUGAAAUAAUAUAUUCAGAUACAGAUAAUAAAAUCAGUGCCAAAUAAAGAUAACAAUAAAAUAUUAUAUUCCGUUUCACAGAUAAAAUAAGAUUGCUACAAAAAUUCCUUUAAAAAUAUUUUAUUUAAACGGCAAUUUUAUAGAACGUCUCGACAUAAUAUCACAUUUCAUUUGUUUAUUAUUUAGUUCAAAACAAUUCAGUGUAAGUUAAAAAUGAACGAAAUAAUAAACAAUAUGAAAUUAAGAGAUGUAAGAUUAUUUGUCACUAAAAUGGACGGUUAGCUGUAAUUAAUUUAUCAUCUUAACUUUAUUCGGAUAAAAGGCAAUUUUGUAUCCGUCCAAUGUGUUGUAGGAGUUUUAUUUUGCAAAUUAAAAAUUUUAUUUUAUCAUCUCAGAAAUAAAUCUUUGGUUCAAUAUUUUUGUAUCGAAUUAUUAUCAAAAAUUUUUAGUUUUUUUUUGGUUUUUUAUAUUAUCUUUAUAAAAUAAAAACCAUUUAGUAUAAUAGAUAGAACUUGUUGCCAACUUACAUUAUUAUUAUAUUUAUUGUGCUUAUAUUUACAAAACUCGAAAGGAAACAUCCAAACAUUUUUAGUUUUAUUAGUGUACUAAUUAUAAUAUUAUAUAUGUGGCCGUCAGUAACAUAGUGUAAAAAAAUUAACAAUCAUAUGGCAAUACUGAAUCGUGUUGCCAUAUUUAGUCCAUUCCAAUUGAUUACAUACUUGUUGAUAUAUAUUUGUUUUAAGAAUUUUGACAGUUGAAUGUAGUGAUACUGUAUUAGUAGAAUAUUCGGAACGAUCAUAAUUUUUCUUUCCAAUUUCCUAUGGUCUCCCUACACGUAGCCUAAAUGUUCGGUUUUAUAUACAUUUGUUAAAUCGUUACUAUAUCGUUAUUACAACGUAAGAUUACAACGUAUAUUUCCAGGUCCGGACUUAGAGAUCUAAGGCUCUCAGACACUUUGACAUUUGAGACCCCUCGACUUACAAACCCGGGGCUGUUUAUUUCGUUUAAAUAAAUAAAAUCAAUUUGAUGUCACGUGAUCGAAGAUUGAUGGAAUAAAAGCGAUAAAAAUCGCUGCGACUGGAAACAAUUGCAUUUUUUUAAGCUGAUUUAAACACAUAAUGCACGUCAAUUCUCGUUUAUAUGCCUUCUCGUUGUAGUUAGGCCAUUUUUAUAUUAUUAUUACAUUUCAAUGUGUAUAUAUAUAACAUUUAUGUCAAUUUAAUUGGAAUGGACAAUAAUUGAUUAUCAGAACGUUAACUAAUAUCAGCCAACAAUGGUAUAGGAAGUAAUAUUUGUCAGUUGUACCUGUUAAACGAUACACAGUAAGCAGAUUAGUUAUCGUGCAAUAAACAUGUGAAGAUUUCGAUUGAUUGGUGUGGUUUUGUGAGAAUAAUGCGUUUUUCAUAUUUCCGACUAGACUUUAUUGGUGAAUGUAUAUAUACAUAGGCGUUUGUGAACAGUUCUUCAAAUCGCGUAUUUUAUUUAUUAAUAUCGUCAAUUAUGAAACAGUUUUUUUUUUGUGAAUAAUGUUGCCUAAAUAUUAUUUAAUUAAAGGUGUAAAUUAAUUAUAAAAUAAGAUGUUAUAAAUUAUAUAAUUACUAUUUUUGCUACCACAAAACAUUCGAAGUUACGAUGCAGCAAGAUUUCAAAUAUUUUGUCAGUUUUAUUUUAAAUGUGAUGACUCAAUUUGCCAAAUCUAAUAAGAUAAAAAUAAUUUAGAUUUUCUAUUAAUAUGAAACUGAAUUAAAAAAAAACAACUUGAUAUCGUUUUAAAUUAAAUGCUCAAACGCUUCAAUUAAUUUUCGAAGCAGAAAUAGGCAAUUUGGAUCUUUAUCGGAAACUGUGUGAUGAACAAACAAUAAUUUUUAAAUUUUCCUUGAGUUUUCAAGCUGAAUAUUAUCCUUUAGCUAACGAGCGUUACUUGAUGUUGAAUUUAAAAUGCAUAACAUGUGAUUGUAAAUGUAAUUGUUUUAUCUUGUACACAUUAAUUGACCACAACACGCCUAUAGAAAUAUUUGAUCAUAUAAAUUUAGCCCUUAUUGAUUUAUUAAUAAAUAUGCCAAAUUAAAUGCUGAUAACACCGCUCACGUAGUCGUUAUGUACUCUGUAGCACUGUGUGAAUAACGCCUUACCUUCAUAAAACCACAACUACAAAGGAAACGGUGUAACUUUUGUCAAUUAUUCAUUGAAUUAUAUAAUUGAAAUAAAACAAAUUAACUUUGUUUGCGCAGGCAGAGUUACACCACAUUAAGCAUAUCAGUUUCAAAACAUUUAGGUCUAGUUAUUUUUAUAAUAAAUCUAGAUUAAUAAGGCCCGAGUAAUUUCAGAAACUCAUGUCGUAAUAUCGAAACGUUUAUUUUUUAUCUGUGAAAUAAUUGUAGAUAAAAAUCACGAUUAACACAGAUAAAAAUUAAAACUACAACUUUAUAUUUAAAAAAAGAGGCUAAUUGACCACUUCGAAAUUACUCGAGUUUUUAAUGUAUAUCGAAUAAGUUUUAGUACAUUGAUUUAAUAAUAUGUAAUACAUCUUAGUACCUUGUCAAAUUCGCGAAUUAAAAGUGAUUUAAUAACUCGAAUGUAUUUUUCGAAAUCAUUGGUAUGACUAGGUCCUAACUUGAGUACAUAUUAUUGACAGACUGUACGAUAGAUCCUAACGUUCCUCGUUUUAGGGCACUAACGUUAAAAUAGGGACAUUUUGUUAAAUCGGUUGUGUCUUUUUACAUACCCGGAAUUGCAAUAGUUUUAUUAGCCGAUUGAGGCGGUUAAAGAAAAUAAUUUGUAAAUGAAGGUGGUAUUAAUAAAUAUAUUUUGUUUCA